AAAUCACAAAUGUGCGCAGCUCCAACAGGCCAUUUCUCCGCAGCAAGCAGGUAGGGAGAAGAGUGAAGGGAAAAAAUGACGACUAGGUUCAAGAAGAACAGGAAGAAGAGAGGUCACGUGAGCGCCGGGCACGGUCGUAUCGGGAAGCACAGAAAGCACCCUGGCGGUCGCGGUAACGCCGGAGGCAUGCACCACCACAGGAUCCUCUUCGACAAGUACCAUCCCGGUUACUUCGGUAAAGUCGGCAUGAGGUACUUCCAUAAACUUCGUAACAAGUUUUAUUGUCCUAUUGUCAACAUCGACAAGCUUUGGUCCAUGGUUCCUGAAGAUGUCAAAAGUAAAGCCAACAAAGACAACGUUCCUUUGAUCGACGUCACACAGUACGGUUACUUUAAGGUUUUGGGUAAAGGUGUUUUGCCUGAGAAUCAACCUGUUGUCGUUAAGGCCAAGCUUGUCUCCAAGAAUGCGGAGAAGAAGAUUAAGGAAGCUGGUGGGGCUGUUGUGCUCACUGCUUAGGUUUUUUGAAUUUAGUAAUUUUAUGAUAUUUUUGUUUAAGUGGUUGAAUACUGUGAUUUUAUGAGUAAUUUUGGAUGUUUUUAUUAUUGUUAAAUGCAUUUGGACCGUUUCGAUCA